UCACUUCAAACUCACAUCAAUUUCAAUUUCUUCUUCAGUUUCUUCUUCUUUGUGGUUUGGCAAUGGCUGCUUCUGUUGACCCUCUUGUCGUUGGAAGGGUUAUUGGGGAUGUUGUUGACAUGUUUGUUCCUAGUGUGAACAUGUCUGUUUACUAUGGUGCUAAGCAUGUGACUAAUGGCUGUGACAUCAAGCCUUCCAUGGCUAUCAAUCCCCCUAAGAUCACUAUUACUGGCCGUUCUGAUGAGCCUUAUGCUCUGGUGAUGAUUGAUCCUGACGCACCAAGCCCUAGCGAGCCCAGUAUGCGAGAAUGGGUUCACUGGAUUGUGGUGGACAUUCCUGGUGGCACUAACCCAACCAAAGGGAAAGAGAUUCUGCCAUACGUGGGUCCACGGCCACCAGUGGGCAUUCAUCGCUUCAUCAUGGUGCUGUUUCAGCAGAAGGGUCCAUUAGGGGUGGUGGAAAAGCCAGCGUCUCGUGCAAACUUCAACACUAGACUUUUUGCAAGGCAUUUGGAUCUUGGUCUCCCUGUGGCCACCAUUUACUUCAACUCUCAGAAGGAGCCAGCCAGCCGCAGGCGUUGAGCCAUGCAUGGAGAAGCUGUACAAGAAGACAAGUUAGAGUCAGCGAUGGAGGCAGAGGGCUGUGGUGUGGCCUAGUGGCUUCAAAGCGUUGCCGUUUUAGUCCUGGUAUUAGUGUGUGUGAGUCGUAAAUAAACUUAGUUAAGCUUAAUUAAGGCGUUUGUUGCUUGUUCAAAGCUGUAGUCUGUUAAUUUUCAACACAAAACCAUCGUUAUCUGUCUUCCUUCAUAUUUGAAUCCUACUGAAAGAUUCAAAUCUUACUUCUUUCAA